AUGAAAGGACAACCAGAAGCUCUCGAGGCGGGAGUCGGUGACGACAAGAACAAGGGGUUGGCUGAAGUCAAGGCGCAGUCGUUCUUUGAAAAGUACGGUUCAUGUCGCUGGAUCAUCGCCUACUUGACAUGCAUGGCCAGACUGUCCCAGACUGCACUGCGACAGUUUAUUGGCAUGUCGGUUGUGUGCAUGCAGUCAGGAAACACCAGUUUCGUUGGUAACGUCACUCUGAAUGGAACCAACUUUGCUGCAAAUAACCUGACAAAUUUUAAGUUUCAGAUCGCCGAGUUUGAUUGGAACUCUGAGUUCGAAGGCUUGAUACUGACGUCAUACACGAUCGGCUUCAUUUUCACACCCGUAGUAGGCGGAUAUUUGGCGGGAAAGUUUGGCAGCAAGAAAGUCAUCGCCAUGUCGGUGUUUGUUGGUUCCCUAGCAACACUACUGACUCCCAUUGCUGCGAGAUGGAAUGCAGACGCUAUGGUUGGAUUGAGAAUAGUUGUCGGGUUCUUCAUGGGCACCGUUGAUCCUGCAAUUCAAGGGCUAUGGGCAAAGUGGGCCCCGAAGUAUGAAAAGAGCCAGCUCACAACGACCUCUUUCUCAGGAGUUGCCAUCGCCGGUAUCCUAACGUUUUUCAUAUCCGGGUUUCUAUGCGACAUCGACCUUGACAACGGAUGGCCUUUCACCUUCUACGUGUUUGGAGGUUACGCCUUCUUCGUGCUGGUUCCAUGGAUAUUCACUGUGUAUGACACGCCCGACUCCCAUCCAAGAAUCUCAGACAAGGAACGCUCAAUCAUCUACAGUGGAAAUUCCUCGAGUCAAAUGAAAAAGAUGCCGAAUCCUCCGUGGCGGAAGAUUUUCACCUCACUGCCAUUCUGGUCCAUCAUCAUCGCUCACAUCUCGUACUCGUGGGUAACGUCGUGGGUGAUGGCCUAUCUGCCUACGUACAUGAAGGAGGUCCUAGACUACGACAUAGAGGAGAAUGGCAUGCUGGCAUCUAUGCCGUUUGUUGGGCGCUUUAUAUCCGGUCUACUGUGUGGCUUUGCGUCUGAUUGGCUGCUGCAGAGACACCUAUUCUCAACGGCUACAGUCAGAAAGAUAUUCCAGUUCACCGGCAACUUUGUAUGUGCUGCCUGCACCAUCACCAUCGGCUUCCUGGACAAGGAACAGCGGACUAUUGCAGUGGUGCUUCUCAUAGUCGGGUUGUCCUUCCAGAACUUUACAUCUGUCGCCUUCAGAAUCAACCACCUCGACAUAGCACCAAGGUACGCCAGUGUUCUGAUGGGAAUCACCAUGACAUGCGCAUUCGCCGCCGCUCUGUCCGCCCCUCUCAUUACAGCUGCUAUUGUUAAGGAGCAUACACGAGAAGAAUGGCAGAUCGUGUUCUUCCUGGUGGCUGGACUUAACAUUGUCGGGGGGCUAGUGUUCGUGGUGUUUGCCAAAGGGGAGGAACAAGAAUGGGCCAAGGUGACCCCCGAGAAGGAUCCCAAUGCCGAACUAAGCGAGAAACCACCUAUCGAUAGUCAAUUCACGAAGGACUCAUCCAAAUAUGGAAACGGAAAUAUCAACAAAGGUUACCAUGGAGAUACCGAAAGUGAGAUUUCUGAGACAGAGAGUGAAUUAGGACGGAGAGAAAAUUGUGACUUGUCCGAGAAGAGAAAUGGCCACGUCAAUAAUACGCGAUUGUGA